CAUGCUUGUAUAAUAGUGUGGCCAGCAUUAGAUCAGCGUCCUAAAACAUUAAUUUGAGGUUGUGUUAGCACAUUUGCGUCACAGCGUCUUACAUCAGUACUUUCGUUCACACAACAGCACGCGAUACAUCAACAUCUUAGCCCGCACACGUCGAGUGGCGUCGGCGCGUUAUGUUUAUGCUACUUACAACACAGUCCAUAUGGUUGUGUUUUCGAAAUUUGCAAAACACCGAACGCAAAACGGGCCAAAGUAAGACAAAGCCACCUGUUAACCCGAAAGAUGCAAAUCAUGGUUUAUUUCUCUCUCCCUCCAUCCUUGUCUUCCUCCUUCCUCUCUCUCCUCUCCCCAUAGCUGGACUCUCCAUUGUCGGCAACGUCCUGGUCCUCGUCGUGGCUUACAAGCGGUCCUCCAGGAUGAAGGCCCCCGAGAUGCUGAGCAUCAACCUGGCCGUGACGGACCUGGGGGCGGCCCUCUCGAUGUACCCGCUGGCCGCCUUGUCGGCGUGGAACCACCGCUGGCUGGGGGGCGACGGCACCUGCGUCUACUACGGCCUGGUGGGCUUCUUCUUCGGGACGGCCAGCAUCAUGAACCUCACCGUGAUGGCCGUCGUGCGCUUCACGGUCUCCGUCAAUAAUCUGUCACCCAGAGAGCAGAUCAGCCGACGCACAGUGAAGAUCCUGUGCGCGUGGAUCUGGCUGUACGCACUCACCUGGGCCCUGCUCCCCGUCAUCGGUUGGGGAAGGUACGGCCCCGAACCCUUCGGCCUGUCCUGCUCCCUGGCCUGGAGGUGGAUGAAGGUCGAUGGCUUCUCCUUCAUCGUCACCAUAAUGUGCUUCAACCUGGCCUUCCCCUCGCUCAUCAUAGUCACCUGCUACUUCGGCAUCAGUCUCAAGCUCUACUCCACCUACAGGAACUGCAUCAAGGGGGGUCUUCAGAUACCAAACAUUGUCAAGAUGAACCGCCGGCUGCUCAUCAUCGCCAUCUUGAUCAGCGUGGGCUUCAUCGUCAGCUGGACGCCGUACGGCAUGGUGAGCCUGUUUUACGUCCUGCGCAGCGGCGACCCCCUGCCUCCGGAGGUCGCCCUGCUGCCAUGCCUCUUCGCCAAGUGCGCCACCGUCUACAACCCGCUCAUCUACUACACCUUCAGCAAGAGGUUCAAGCGCGAGGUCAGGCACCUGUGCACACUGUGUUGCAUCGGCAGCAGCCCGUCCCAGGCGGUGGUCAACCAUAGCGGGGACUCUAUGGGGAGCCAACGCCACAACCAGGCCACGGUCAUCAGCAACAACCAGCUCUUGGAUAGGAGCUACUGCCCGGGAGAUGCCAACAAUGCCCCCGGUUGAUCUUCCAUUUUUCAAAGAUCUACUGCUACACAUUUGACUUCUUGUGAGAUUGCGGAACCUACUACGAUCGGCACAUGAAUACUCAUGUGCCGAUCGACAAGGAUAAAUGUUUCAUGAAUGAGGUUAAGUUUGCAUUGAGCUACUGUGUAUGUUGCGGUUGCAUUAGACCAGGAGUGCCCAACCAGUCGAUCGCGGUCUACCAGUAGACCGCCGACAGAUCCCAAGUCGACCGCGAGGGGUGGAAAAAAAAUAAAAUAAAAAGUAUUUGCGUGGGACAUAUACGUGAAGGUGCCGUGCGCAGACGGCACCUUCACCCCCCCCCGGGUGAUUUUUAAACCAAGUCCACAGACUAUUUUCAUUUUCAGAAAAAGAGAGAUGUAUGCAUAGAUAGAAACACGACAGCGUGAUACAAAUGCUGUCAACUUAAGAUUGGCAAAACCAACAAACAAAACCAACAUAUUCAUACAACGUUACAGACCAGUUUGACCUAUGAAAUAUUUUUUAUUUUGAUACUAUACCACAUGUUUAACUGUAACAUAGGCUUUUCCUAAUGGUUUAAGUCAAGCUAAAAAGACACCCAUCAAAGUAUGUGUGUGUGUGUGUAUAUAUAUAUAUAUAUAUAUAAAAAAUCUACGAAUAUAUUAUUUUAGUAGGAGUGAUAGCCAUUACAAUACAUGCACCCUAGUCACAUCAAAAGAUGCACGAUGGAUUGAGCAGCCUACCAGUUGGUACAGUCUACUGGGUAGGCUAGUGAUAGUAUGUUUUUUAACGUCACACCAGUGAUGUUGAACAUGUGAAAGAAUAAUUUAAAGAGUACAAAUAAAUGAAUAAAAUAAGAAAAGUGCUUUUAAUUGCUCCAACAUAGAAACAAGAGAUAGAUGAAAAAAAAUGUCAUCUUAAUAUCCGUCCACAUUUGCAUGUUGCAUGUUUACUACGAAUGAACUUCGCCCUGCAACAGUUUCGACCAAGUAAAUUGAUUAGACACUAAGUAGCAAGCAAUUAUGCAGGAAAGUGUUUGUGUUGCUUGGCAACAGUCUUGGGCGUAACUAUUUGUGUAAUUAUUGAAUAAACAAUAAACAAAAGAAUCAUUAUCUGUUGUAGCUUAUUACUUUGUACUAAUAAGUGACGCUUGUACCACGCUGUGUGUAAAAUCAAUAUCCCACUCGAGGUUAUGCUGUUAAAUGAUAGCAGUACUCCCACUCUUGUAAUUUUACUAAAUUUGUAGCAAGCCACCUAUAUAUUGCAUGCUAACAACCGAGUCAGCAAAAAAAAUGUAAAUGUAAAAAUAUCUUGAAUUGUUUUGUCCACUUAUUUGUAGACAGCUUGCUGUUAUUCGUAUGACAAGGUUAUAUUAUGUUAAUAGUUUCAUCCUCAUUGCUUAUCAGAUCAUUCAUUUGGGAAAAAUAAAAAGAUC